UUCAAUCGGCUCAUAAUCAGAGCGUAUAAGUAUAAAACAGUAUAAAUGAGUAGCGCAUUCAAAGAUUUUCGUCCAACUGAUUACACACGGGAAAUCUUACUACCCGAAGACACGCAUUAUUCUAACUUGUCGUACAAAAAGAGCGCAGGAUGAAAAUCCCGAGGAGCGCUCUGAGCCUGGUGAUCCUGGCGAGUGGCUUAUUGCUGGUAGUAUGCGACAAGCAGUUGAUGCCGGAGCUGUCGUUUUCCUUGACGGGCUACAGUCUGGACUGGCCAUGCCAGAGCACGAGGAACAUCUACGAGACGAGCGGACGUUACAUUCCCAGGAAUGUCAUCGGCACCAGAGCGCAGAUCUACAAGGAGGACAUGAUCAUAGCGAUGCCGCGCUACAAACCGGGUGUACCCUUCACCUUAGGUGUCAUGUCGCUGAAAACGAAGGACUGCGCGCCGAAGGUGACACCGUUCCCUUGUUGGGCAAUUCAGGAAGAAGGCAACUGCCAGGCCCUGCAGAGCGUCGUGGACAUGGUCCUGGACAUUCAGGAAAUCCUGUGGGUAUUAGACGUUGGUAUCGUAAACACUUUGGAACAACCGGUGCGCAGGUGUCCUCCAAAGAUCGUCGGAAUUAACGUCAAAUCAGGAAAGGUCGUGAAGGUGAUCGACUUGAGCCUCCUGGUAAAUCCGUUGUCUCGUUUGCAAUAUCUGACAAUCGAUUACGCAGAAGAUGGCCAGGUAUACGCAUAUAUAACCGACGCCGCCUCGAAAUCCAUCAUUGUUUACAAUAUCACCGCGGAUAAAGGACACAAGGUAAUCCUUCCGAAUGCCGUUACCACCGGUGUCCAACGAAGAGACGUUCUCUACUCGACGCUGGUGAAGAAGACCUGCGGUACACCAGUGGUGUACUUCACUUAUCUGGGAUCCAAUAGGCUUUUCGCGAUCAAGGCUGAGAAUCUGAGGAAAGGUCUCACCCAAGGAUCGGUCGCAGAUGUUGGGCCGAAGCAAGAGAAGCUGGUUCUCCUCGGUAGCGAUAACGGCUGCGCCAUGUUCUUCAGAUACAAGGGUGACUCCGAUAUCUACAUGUGGAAUACCGAGACGCCCUUCAGGCAAGAGAACUUCGUGAUGGUGCAAAAAGGCAACGAUUGUCGAUUGGCAACCCAAGUGGUACCUGGAUAUAAGAGACUUAUGUGGGUCAUCGAGAGUAACGUCCAGGAUUAUAUACAGAACACCGUGAGUUGCUCGGGUGCUACCGUGGCUAUUCAUCCCUUAGUCAAGGCUUGCGACGAUUAGAAAUCUCUUGUCAACUUUAAGAGCUUCUUACCACUACGGCACGCGAUUACACAUAAAUUGAUGAUAAGGCUUGUAAGCAGAAGUUGAAAUCGAUAAUUUUGGAGAGUGUUCGAAUUUCGAUGCGUUAAAAAAUAAUGAAGAUACGACAAUCGGCGCAAGGCACAUUUUCCGUAUUUUUAGCGCAUCGAGAGAAAAUUAUAUUGGUUCUUGAUUCUUACUUCCAUAGAGAUAGAACAAUAAGCUCAUAUUGUACUCAUGUACUUUUUCGCGGUUGAAGGACAACUAUUAAAUCCGUAUGACGUUUCUCAACAUUAAUUGUUAGAGCAAUCAAGUAUCGCUGAAUUAAGUUUAGGGAAAUAGAAAAGUCGAGUUCUAUUUUGUCGCUGAUCUAGUCAUGUAAUCGGCAGCGUUCUCCUAGAUAGCAAGCAAAUAAUAUUACUUAAAGUAGGUUGAAACAAUCAGAUAAUAAGCGUAGAUAAUAAGUAUAUUUACGAUGUUUACUUCUAUUACAACUACCGUGACUGAUGAAGGAUUUUUACAAAACCUCACCUCCACGAUUGCGUGAUCGUAGAUCAAUUUAUGGACAAGUUGACCAGUGUCAAAAUUAUUUACCAUGUCGAUUAAUUUAAAUCGAUGCCGACAAACAGUUUUCACAAUGAUUCUAUAACAUUUACAGUAAUUUACUCAUAUAUUAUCCAAGAAAAUGAUUUAUUCGCAGCAAUGUUGAUUGUAAACAUUAUUAUGUAAGUCGAAAAGAAAACAAUGUGCUAGUAAAUGUCAGCUUAUAUAAACAA